AUCAAAAUUGUUAGGACGCCGAACAAAAUUUAUAUUAAUUGUUAAAUACUAGCUAAAGGUAACGAAAUAGAAAUGGCACAUAAUCCAUUAGAUAAAAUACACGCGCUGGACGAUAUCGAGCAAGAAAUUAUAUUGUGCCUACAAAGCGCAGGUCAAGCAUUACAAGAAUUAAGCAAAGAAAAGUCUUCACAAAAAAGUGCAGAAACACAAACGCAACAAUUUUUGAAAUCAUUAUCGAACGUAGAAUCAAAAUUAAGCGAACAAAUAAAUUAUUUGACACAAGUUUCUACCGGGCAACCACAUGAAGGUUCUGGAUAUGCUUCGGCAAAAGUUUUGCAAAUGGCUUGGCAUAGAAUUCAGCAUGCGCGCUCUCGAGUUCGCGAGCUGGAAGAGUCCAAAGCGAAAUAUACACAUGCUGCUCGACAGCAACAACAACAGAGGCAGCAGCAACAUGCACAACAAUUGGCACAACAGCAGCAGCAACAAAUGGCUCAACAACAACAGCAUCAACAAGGACAAGACAAUUCUAUCAAUAUAGGGAUGUCAAAUGUGGGGCCCGGACAAAUCGGCCAGCAGCCACCGAAUUAAAAUGGAUAUCAUAAAAUAUAAGUUCUUUAGUAUACAAGUAUAAUAUGAAGAUAUGUUUAAGAAUUUAAUUAAUAUAUUUUUACAUUAUAGUAAUGUCUAACAACUCAUUGAUACUAAA